AUGUCAUCUAAGAACAACAAUAACAAAGGUGGUGGUGGUGGAGGAAUGAUCACAGAUAGUAGAUUCAAGAAGGCACAUAAUGAUCCAAAGUUCAAACUAAAGAGACGUGCUGACUCUGCCAUUCAACUCGAUGAGAGGUUCUCAAAGGUUAUGACAUCAGAUAGAUUCAAUGAUAAAGCUCCCAUCGAUGAAUAUGGUAGGAAGUUAGCAAAGGAAUCAAGUACCACAAAGAAGUUCAAGGAUAACUUUAAGGUCAAGAAGGACGAUAAGAAGAAACAACAACAGCCACAGAAUAAGAAGGAUGAUGUAAAGUCUGAUUCAAGAUUCUCAAUCCCAUCAAAGUGGAAGGACUUGGAGGAGAAGGAUGACGAAGAUGCCGAGGAGCAUGAAGAGAAGGAGUUGGUUAAGAAGCCAAAGGCAGCUGCAAAGGCCACAACCAAGAAAACACAGAUCGUCAACAAGAACAAAGAUGAGGAGAGCGAGGACGAUGAUAGCGAAGAAGAGAGCGACGAAGAGGUGGCCGAUGGGGAUACCGAGGAGUUGGUCUAUGGUGGCUUCGAAUACAAUGAUGACACAGAGAGCAGUGAAGAAGAGAAUGAUGAGGACUUCUUGAACCAGGGUCAGGAGUUGGACGAGGUCACACUGGAGGAGGAGGACGUACCAAGAGGAGACGCCACCAAACGAUUCGCUAUACUCAACUGCGACUGGGACAACAUUCAUUCAAAGGACCUAUACCUCAUACUCAGCUCAUUCUUGCCCAAGGGUGGAGUGCUGCUCUCGGUCACAAUCUACCCAUCGGACUUUGGUCUCAAGCAGAUCGAGAUCGAGAAGAGAAUGGGUCCAUCCAAGGACAUCUUCAAUCACACCAGAUUAAAGACACCAUCAGAGGAGACUGAUAUCCAGUAUGAUCACAAGGAGGACCCCGACUCAUUGGAUGGCUCAGGCUUCAAUCUGGUCAGUCUAAGAAAGUACGAGUUGUCUAAGCUCAAGUACUACUAUGCCGUGGCCGUCUUUGAUCGUUUGGAAUCAGCGUCCGUGGUCUACGACGAAUGUGAUGGUCUGGAGAUCGAGGACACUGCCAAUGCCCUCGACCUAAGAUUCGUCCCCGACGAGCAGGAGUUCACCAAUCCACCAAGAGACACAUGUACAGACAUGCCAGAGACUGCACCAAACCUGGGCUUCACCACCUCGGUGCUCAAGGGCACAUCGGUCGACUUCACAUGGGACGUCGACAAGAACAGGAAGAAGGCCCUCACACAGAACUACAAGGAGGACUAUGACGAGGACGAGGUGAAGCUGUAUCUGGCCGAGCCAGAGACAUCAUCCGAGGAAGAGGAGGAGGACAAGAAUUCAAGACUGCGUCUGAGGAACAAGUACAAGUCAUUGUUGCUGGAUGACGACGAGGAUGGAGACAACAAGUUGGAGGAGAAGGAUGACCUUCAAGUCACAUUCAAGACUGGUCUGGAGGAUAAUGACGAUGACAGCAGCAGUGAUGAAGAUGGACUUAAGGUGGAGUUCAGUGAUGGUGAGGUCCAGAGCAGUGGUGAUGAGGAGGAUGACGACGUCAGCGAUGAUGAUGAUGAUGAAGGAGAUGAUGAAAGUGACAAUGCAAUCGAUCCACAGGAUGAGGAGUGGACAAAGGAUAUAAUGAAUCGUGGCGAUGACAGUGAUGUAGACGAGACAGCUCAGGAGAUCACGAUCAAGACAGACCUACACAAGGUUGGAAAGAACCUGCUCAGGGAGAAGGAGAAAAGAGAGAAUGGCACAUUGUGGACCGAGUACAUGGACAAGAAGAGAUCAAAACAGAACGAAAAGAUGAAGAAUAAGAGACUAAAGGCUGAAGAGGAGGAAAAGAAGCGUGAAGAGGACGAGAAGAAGAGCAGGAAGGGCAAGAAGAAGCCACCCACAGCCGAGGAGCUCAAGUCCAAGGCCGAGCUGGAGUUGCUCAUGAUGGACGAGAAUGACGGCGAGAAGAAAAAGGGAUUCAACAAGAGGAUGCUCGAGAGACAGGUCAAGGUCAACACAUCAACCAAUCCAAAGAAGAACAAGAAGAGGGCCAACGACCCAGAGGACACCUUUAAGAUCGACACCAAGGAUCCAAGAUUCGAGAAGCUCUACAAUGCAUCAGACUUUGCGCUGGAUCCAACUGAUCCCAAGUUCAAACCAACAAAUGCCGUCAAGGAUCUGUUGAACGAGAAGAAGAGGAGAAGAGAGGAGGCCAACAAGAAUGGAAAUGGCAACAACAUAUCAAACUCGUCUUCAGCACCAGUCCAGGUUGAGAAGAAACAAAAGUCCGAAGCAGAUACAUUCAAGUCAAUGGCAGAGAACAUCAAGAAGAAGGCACAGCUUAACAAGAUGAAGACUACAAGAUAA